AUGGCGUCGACGGCAGGGUACCUGGCGCGGCGGGCGGCGCAGAAGGAACGGGUGCGCCUGCUCUACCGCAGGGCGCUCAAGGACACGCUCAACUGGGCCGUCCACCGCCACCUCUUCUACCAGGACGCGUCGGAUCUCCGGGACAAGUUCGAGGCCAACCGACACGUGGAUAACCUGGACGUGAUCGAUAGGCUCAUCGACGAUGCGGAGGCUCAGUACAGGAACUUCCAGCACCCCGAUCCCUACAUUGUUCCAUGGGCACCAGGUGGCAGUAAAUUCACAAGAAACCCCCCUCCUCCUCAAGGGAUCGAGGUCAUCUACAAUUAUGGCAAGGAGGACCAGUAA